UCCAAAGAAUCUAAUGCUAAGCUAAUCGAGUUCACCUAGAGAAAUCUGAAAUUCCUAGAGAAAUCAAAAAUAAUCGAGAAUCAUGACCGAGAAGUGGAGUGCUCUGCUGCUAUUGCUGCAGCUGCUGGGCAAUUUGGAGUCGAGUCAGGCGAUUUGGUUUCCCUGGUACUUCCAGCGCUACGGACUAGUCCCGCACUCGUUUCGCCAUGGUGGGGGUCACAAAAACCAGACCCACCAUUCGGGGUCAACCUGUCCACCUGGCUACGAACCCAAGUCGUCGGCCUCCAAGUUGACGGGAGAAAUGGUUGGCUGUGAGCAUGCUGGUGGAUCGAUUGGCGGAGGAUCAGGAUCAGGAUCGGAACGCCUGUGCGAUGAUAAUCCAGUGCUGAUGCAGCUGGCCCGUCUCUAUGUGGUGAGUCCCGAACGGAUUGUCCUUCUGCUGGCGCAGCCCUCUCUCACCGCCUCCUGUGACGAGAUCGCCGAUGUGCUGGGCAACAUACAGCGCUCCAUGCGCAACUGCGUCCUGGAGCCGGAUAAUAUCUACGGCAGAUUAGCGGACGGUCUGAGCUACUUCCGAACGGAGGUCUGUGACGGAGGCGAUGGAAGCAACCGGAAGCGGUGCACUGGACUCCAGGAGUCUCACAACUGUCUGCGGGAACUCCGCACCGAUAUGAUAGAGUGUGAGGCUCCGGCGGAUUGGUACGAACGGCGGAACGCCACCAAGGUGUGUCACAUCUUCAACGAUGUCCUGGACUGCUAUUACACCAGGGCUGCCUUGCUCUGUGGCCUUGAGUCUGCCAAGCAACUGAGAUCCUUCGCCGGCGACAGCAUGGGCAGGGCCAUGAUCCACAAGUGCGAGGUCAACAAAAGGCUGCCCCGGGUGGACAAUGCCAUGCCCAUCCACGAAGCCACCGGAGCUGGCACUACGUCCCCACAAUUUACUUAUUUCAUUUUGGUCAAUAUUGUCAUUGGUUUUGCAUGCUUUCAAUAUAUAUUUUAGAUAUAAUAACUGUUGGGUGUUAUUCCGAGCAGAAAAGUCA